GAUAAUAUGGCAUUUGGAGUUUUGUCUGAAUGCUAAGUUUGUUUUUAAUAUUAAUAAAGAACACCAGGAACAAUCGUCCAGGAACUCAUACUCGUCUCACGUCCUCUAGUCAAAAUGUAGGUUUAGUACCUGUGUUCAUCAAAAGAUUCUUGGUUCCCUGGGGAACAUCCUGAGGUGCAAUUGCCAUAAUAGUGAGGAAAACACAACUGUAUAAAUUCAUUCAUUAAAGAAAAAUGCAACAAAUCUUCAGUCAAAGAAAGCUUGUUUUCCAUGACAUGGAAGGCUUUACUCUUUCUAUUCCGAUAUAAAUUCUUAAGAUGUUUCAUUUUAUUUCUACAGCAACGCUUUUAAUCAACUCUCUAGUAAUUAUGCUGAGAUACUGUGGAUCAUAUACAAGUAACUGUCAUGUUUUUUUAUAUUUAAAGUUAGGGCGCCCUCUGGUGGAGUAAGCUCAUAUGGCACAUGCAUGAAAGUACAGACUGUUGAAUGUUGUUGGGACGGUUCAAUAUGUUCAUCAGGAAACACAGGGAGGAAUCAGCUGUUUGUCUGUCAAAGUCUGACAAAGAUGACUGAGCAGAGAUUGAGAGCUGUCGAUUUCCUCCUGUCACAUUUUUGAUUCAACAACUGGAAAAGUUGAACUUUCCUCUUUCACAAAUCCAACUGACUGUAACAGUGAACCAACACAUGGUCGACGAUCUGCGGCUUAAGAUGUUCCCAUGUUCAUUUAGCUGCCAGUCAUUUCCUUUAUCUAAAUUUUACAAGCAAUGCAUCACCUCCAACAGAUAACAAAGAUGUCACUCUAAACAAUGUUUCAUCUUUUUUCGGUUCAGCCAGGGGAGGCUGAUUAGGAACUAAAGAGAGUGAGAAAUGUUAAGUAAAAUUAAUUUAAUUAAGAAGAAUUAAAUUUAUUGUGAACUGUCUGAAAGGACUCAAACAUUCAAGCAAACAUGCCAUCACUGUUUCACUGUAAUAUGGAAUAUUACUUUAUGUGUUGACCAGGAGUGAGAUCUUUUAAAGUUGAAUUAAAGUUUGAGCAAGCAGACAGGUCAGUUAACAAUUGUUCUCAGUUUUAAAUAAAAAGUUCCAUAUGUGAGGGCCACAAGAGGAGGAUCUACCUUUCGGUGGCUGUUGGGAAAUUAAUUUCAUCACUGCAGCACAUAACUUUAUCACUCUCAGCGAUGUCAGUAUGAAUUUGUCUUUUGGUUUUAUUUUUGUUUUCUAAGCCACAAGGCAUGGACUUUGAUUGCUAGCCAUACAUUUAUGGCCACACUUUGAUUUUAAAAAAUGUUAUCACUUAUCAUUUAAAGAAUGAAACCUUAGAGUAUGUCAGCUCCGUAGACUGAGCUGUCUGCUCCUCAUAAGUGAUGUGCAGCCUUUACGCCAGUAGAGGGCAAGGCACAACAUUAACUUCUGCUAGUACUGACAGAGAUUCCACCUCAAGCACUUUAACUGAAUGUUGUGCUAUUACUAAAUGGACAACUUGUGCAAAUGGGAGAUUAUGCAAAGUGUUCAUUAAGAACACCUUUUUAAUUAUAAUUCUAACUGUAAAAUACACAGGUGGAAAAAAAACACCAACUUGAGAGGCUUUUGGGACGCGAUAGAAGCGGAGAUUCACAUAAUUAAUGUGCAGCUGACAAAUCUGCAGAAAUGAUGUGAAUCAGUCAUGUGAACAUGGAGCAGAAUCUCAAAGGAAAGUUUCCAACAUCUUGAACCAGUGCCAUGAGAACUGAGCCUGUUUCAAGAGCAAAGGGAGGAAGUAACCACUAUCAGUAUGGUGUUCCUAAUAAAGUGCUCAGUCGGUGUAUAUAAUUCUCUGCCUAUGAGUAUUUUCUUGUUGUUGAUAUUAAUGUAUGUAAUAAUUAUGUAUGCAUAAUUCAACAAGCUCCUCCUUAAUUCAUCUCAAAGCACAAGAAGAACUUUUUCCCUUAAUGCAUAGACAAUGGUAUAAUAUAUGGAAAUGUAUUUGUAGGCUGUAGGUGUCGCUUUGCAUAAAUAAAAAAAAAACCUGCCAAAUGAGUAAAUGUAGAAAAAAAUGUAAUCAAAAAUGUAAUUGUAUUAUUUGAUUGAGGUUAGCGUGCAUGUGGUCUAUACUUAGUAGUGCUGCUGCUGGUGGUGCUGGUGGUUGCAGCUGAAUGUAUUGUCCCCGUGCGGACAGCAUGUUAUUGUUAUUGUCCAUCCAUCAGUGACUUCAGAUGGGCAGGUUGUCCUCCAGAGUCACGUGGUCAUUCUGAGCAUCCCUUGCAGAUCCAGCAGGCUGCGUGGCGUGUCUCCACUAGGUUAUUACGGUAUGAGCCAGCUCCACUGCCGCCGUGUGUAGUCGCAGCAUCUCUUGCUUCCAGUUUUUCUACCGCUGGACUCGAUCUCCGAAAUCGCAGGUUAUGCCACCCCAAAGGCUUCCUGGAUCCCCAGCCGUGAAAGAAAAGGGCUGAGCUCCAUUUCACCCCCCAGGUUCCUGCUGCUUUGCACCCCAUCUUUCCCUCCUUCCCUCUUCUGAUUAUUCCCCUCUCCCAACCUCACCAGCCCCACCCGACUCCCACAGCUGACCCCUGCACCCCUGUCAUCCUCCACCCCGAGACUUUUUGUCCAGUCACAUCACCCCCCCCAACACCAACACCAUACCUGGUCUCUCCUCCUGCUUUUAUUCCAGUCCCACUAACCUCACACUAAGACCUACCCGCAGUCCCCUGCCCUCUUCAGAGAUCUGCUUUUUACCUACUGGCUGCACGCCAGGCCCCAUGGCUACAGGAGGUCAUGCCCCUGAGACAGAUGUGUUGAUCAACCCACAACAGGUGAAGGUGGAGGAGGAAGAUGAGGAAGGAUCUGCAGAGGAACAGGAGGAAGAAGAGGAGGAGCAGAACUGGGAGAAAGCACUGUCUGUGGAGCGCUUUGGAGACAUUAUCAGCGACUCUGCUUCUACCAGUGGAGACAGGAUGGGCCGACACUACACCGAGAAAGACUUUGAGUAUCACAGACACACAUUUCAUCAUACGCACCACCCCUUGUCCACCCACCUGCCCCUGCCCCAGCGUCUACGCAAGAGGGUGCACAGCACGGACAGAAGGCGCAAAAAGAAACGGAAGAAAAAAAAGACCUCUCUGCCCCCCUCCGAUGUUACACCCACCAUCCAUGAGGUAGAUGAGGAAGAGGCGGAGUCUGAUACGGACGGACUGGGGGUGGCUGCCACACCCACAGAGCUACCUGAUAUCCAACCACAGUUUAGUUUGGGGAGCCAAGAGGACUUGGAGGAACCCGUUCUGCUCGCUACCUUCCACACGGAAAAUGAAGAGCAUCCAUUGUCGAGGAAAGCUGCACUCACUCUGAUAAAGGGAGCAUCUCAUAAUGGGGGAAUUUCUGCUCUUGGCCAGAAUGAGGAGGUGGCUGGGGAGGAAAUGGAUUUCAACAGCGUUCCCCCAGGAUCAGAUCCCUCAAGCUCAUCUGCAGCCCGCGGCUGGUUCCGGAGGAAGCCUGUACACCAUCGCCUGGCGGGCGCCCAGCGCAGCAACUAUGACCUGCGGGAGCGGAUCUGCAUCGGCAGUAUGACUGCUCUGGAGACUGCUGUCUACCAGCAGGUGCCCACUGAUGAGGCGGAGGCCCAGAUGUUGGCCAGUGCCGAUCUGGAUGACAUGAAAAGUCACAGAUUUGAGGACAACCCCGGGGUGAGACGCCACUUGGUGAAGAAGUCGUCCCGAUGUCAAAUGGCCCGGUCCAGCAACAGCUCCACACCACUAUCCAGCCUGAAGAAGAAGAAGAGAGCAGCAGAAAAAAAAAUUCAUGAGUUGUUUGUGGAGCUGAACGAGCUGAUCGUGGAGAAGGAUCAUGAGAUGCGUUGGAAGGAACGCGCUCGCUGGAUCAAGUUUGAAGAGGAUGUGGAGGAGGAGACGGAUCGCUGGGGCAAACCUCACGUGGCCUCACUCUCCUUCCGCAGCUUGCUGGAGCUUCGUCGCACCAUCACACACGGUGCUAUCCUUCUGGACCUGGAGCAGAAUUCUCUGCCUGGCAUCGCUCAUCUGGUGGUGGAGACGAUGAUCAUCUCUGAUCAGAUCAGAGCCGAGGACAGAUCCAGUGUUCUGCGGGCUCUGCUUCUCAAACACAGUCAUCCGAGUGAUUUAAAACAUCGUUUCCACCGUCACCACUCAUCCAGCAGUCUUCACGGCAGCUUCAAUCACAACCACGUCCAUGACACCAGUCUGCCACUGGUGGCUGAAGAGCAUGAUGAACACCAGGAUAACAAAGGGCCGGUGUACGACCCCAAACAAGACGUGUUCGUCAGCCUGUUUAAAUCUCUCCACCCUCUGCCUCCUGAGAGCCAUCCAGCUGCGGCGAGGUCCAUGAAACUGCUCGCCAAGAUUCCCAAAGAUGCUGAAGCUGUCAUCGUUUUAGUUGGCUGUGUGGAGUUUCUGGAGCAGCCAGCCAUGGCCUUUGUCAGGCUGAACGAUGCCGUGCUUCUGGAGUCGGUGCUGGAGGUCCCGGUCCCUGUUCGCUUUCUUUUCGUCCUACUCGGUCCCAGUCAGUCCAACAUUGACUAUCAUGAGAUUGGACGUUCCUUCGCCACUCUCAUGUCCGACAAGAACUUCCACGAGGUGGCCUACUUUGCUGACGACAGACAGGACCUCCUGAACGGUAUCAAUGAGUUCUUGGACUGCAGCAUCGUCAUUCCGCCCUCAGAUGUGGCGGGCAAAGACCUCCUGAAGACGGUGGCUGACUUCCAGAAGCAGAUGCUGCGCAAGAGGAAGGAGAGAGAGCUCAAAAAGCACCAGUCCUCAUUUGGAUUGGUGCAGGACAACAAAGAGGUGAGUCCAGAGGAGGAGGAGGAGGGAGACCAGGAGGUGGACCCGUUAAAGCGCUCAGGGAUCCCAUUCGGAGGCCUGAUCCACGAUAUCCGCCGCCGCUAUCCACACUAUGUCAGUGACUUAAAAGAUGCCGUGGACAUGCAGUGCGUCGCUGCCGUCAUCUUCAUCUACUUUGCAGCACUGUCGCCCACUAUAACCUUCGGAGGCCUGCUGGGAGAGAAAACAGAGGGCAUGAUGGGAGUGACUGAGCUUAUCGUUUCAACUGCAACUCUUGGAGUUAUAUUCUCGCUGCUCGCUGGUCAGCCGCUUCUCAUCAUUGGCUUCUCAGGACCCUUACUGGUGUUUGAAGAAGCCUUCUACAAGUUCUGUCAGGCUCACGACUUUGAGUACCUGACUGGUCGGGUGUGGAUCGGGUUUUGGCUCAUCUUCAUUGUCCUGGUGAUUGUUGCAGCAGAGGGCAGCUUCCUCGUCCGCUACAUCUCACCCUUUACCCAGGAGAUUUUUGCUUUCCUCAUCUCCCUCAUCUUCAUCUACGAGACUUUCUCAAAGCUCAUCAAGGUGUUUAAGGAACAUCCACUGAUGGCAAUGUACCCCAGUGACUUCAGCCCAGCUACUGGGCUUCAAGAUGAGAUUGACCCCGUCUACAACCAGCCCAACACUGCUCUUCUCUCUCUGGUUCUUAUGAUGGGCACUUUCUUUGUUGCUUUCUUCCUCAGGAAGUUCAGAAACAGUCGCUUCUUAGGUGGCAAGGCCAGAAGAAUUAUUGGUGAUUUUGGCAUCCCCAUCUCAAUUCUGGUUUCAGUGUUUGUGGAUUACUCCGUUACUGACACUUACACACAGAAACUUGAUGUGCCGUCGGGCUUUUCCGUCACAUCCCCAGACAAGAGAGGUUGGUUCAUCAGUCCCUUUGGGGAUAAGCAGCCCUUUCCAACCUGGAUGAUGGGAGCAAGUAUCGUACCUGCGCUUCUUGUCUUCAUCCUCAUCUUCAUGGAAACUCAGAUCACUUCAUUGAUAGUCAGUAAGAAGGAGCGUCGCCUGGUUAAAGGAUCGGGUUUCCACCUGGAUCUACUGCUCAUCGUCAUCCUGGGUGCCAUCUGUCCCCUUUUCGGCCUGCCGUGGCUCACCGCGGCGACGGUGCGCUCUGUCACCCAUGUCAACGCACUCACAGUCAUGAGCAAGGCCACGGCACCUGGUGAAAAGCCCAUGAUCCAGGAGGUGAAAGAGCAGAGGCUGACCGGGCUUCUUGUGGCUGUGCUCGUCGGUAUGUCUAUGGUGAUGACAGAUGUGCUCCGCCUCAUCCCUCUGGCCGUGCUCUUUGGUAUCUUCCUGUACAUGGGGGUCACGUCUCUGACGGGCAUCCAGCUGUAUGAACGCAUCACACUCAUGGUCACGCCUGCCAAGCAUCACCCUGACCACAUCUACGUCACCAAGGUGAAGACAUGGCGAAUGAACAUGUUCACCAUCAUUCAGCUGGCGUGCAUCGUGGCUCUGUGGGUAGUGAAGUCUACUGUGGCCUCCCUGGCGUUCCCCUUCGUCCUCAUCAUGACGGUGCCGCUGCGCCGCCUCAUCCUCUCGAGGAUCUUUGAGGAGCGUGAGCUCCAGGCGCUGGACUGUGACGAAGAUUCUCCCAACUUUGAUGAAGACGGACGAGAUGAGUACAACGAGAUCCACAUGCUUGUGUAGAUUUAAAGUGGACCCAGCCAACGGGACUUCUUCCAUUCUCCAGCUCCGAACAGUCAGAGUGAGCCUCCUUGGAAACCUCGGCCCCAGACAAAGCCAGAGAGGAGCUACCAUGAAGGUGUUUGUAAAAUAUACAAAAGCUAUAGCUGGAUAAUAACUUCUUAUCUUUGUUUAUUCCAGUUUUUUUUUUUUUUUUUUUUUUAAAGAGCACACCUAAUGUUAGAUCUCUGUGGUAGUAGUGGUGUUGUGUCAACCUCCCCGAAGAUGUUCUGUCAGAGGCCAGCGAGUAGCUCUGAGCACCCUACCUGAAGUGGAAGAUGCAAAUCUAGCAAAACAACCUAAUUUACACGAAGACUUAACCCAACUUUUUAUCCUUAUCUAUCCCUUUAUUUACUCUGCAGGUUCUGGGCAUAAGUGCAAUGAUGAUGGUGACCUCUUGGGCUACAGCAGACUGAAUGAUUUAGACUAAUUUAGGCACUGAAAGUGGGAAAUAGGGUCAAUUUCCUUUCAUUUUGUUUCAUUCAGGAAGUGGACUUUCAUCAAAAUGUAUUAUUGUUCAGGUGAAUUGACCCUAAAUCUCAAAGCCCUGAAAGAAUCCCACUGCCUUCGUAAUUUAGCAGCCUUUUCCCUUUACACUGCCGAUAGGUUGCAGUGAUGUGCAAGCAAGGAGUUGAGUAGUCUUUUUCCUUUCUGUAGAGAUUUUUAGUAAUGAGCACUUUGACUGGAUGAAAGUUCACUUUUGUCACUGCCAGCUUGAGCUCCCUGGCACACAGCCUCCUCUCUAAAGGUAGUCUCCCCCUGAAACCAACAGCCCUGCAGAUGCUUUCUUCUCGGGGUGAUAUCGUACUUUGUUACAUGUUUAAUGCCCAACAUACCAGUCCACUGACUUUAUUAUUGUGACCUCGGGUGUAUAACUAAAUAGCUAACAUGGUCUCAACCUUAUUUUUCUACUUUGUUGUAUUUAUUAUGCGUCCUUUGGACUCAAUGCCACCCCAGAUUCUCAGUGACGUUUAGACUCCAAACAGCUUAAACUGCUAUAAGAGUUAGCAUAAGGUAAAAAUAACAUUGUGUAGGUUGACACGCUCAAACAGAAAAUUUGUAAUUAUUCAUCCAUUCUUUCAUCCUCUCUGCAAGAUUUCCACAGCCUGGUGCAUUUUUAACAGAUGUCAUGAAUAAUAUAAAAACACACUUGACUGGGAAAGCAUAGAAACUAAGCAAACACACACAAGUACUAAAAAUGCUGGGGAACAGUUGAGUGUUGGCAGAAUGUAUGAAUGAUGCAUUGUACAGUAAGACUGUGAGCUUGGAAUUAUAAUGUACCAUCUGUGUUCAGAGUUGUUUUGAAAUACCAAGAGAUUUAGUUUUCACCUCCAAUACUGCGAGCACCAUUAAGCGCUUUUCAGAAACCUCACUUGUGCCACACAGAAAUGCACUUUUGUAAGAGCUGCUGUACAAAGAAAUGGCACAGAAUUUCACUUGAUUAUUCUGUAACAUGUGAGUUGUGCACAGACCCAGUACGUAGUCUCGGGAGGACGUUCAGUAAAUGUUGUCAGAUUUAAGCAUGAGGUGGAGAAUCAACAAGAAGAAGCCUUGGAGCCUGGAUGUUUGUUGGAUGAUAAUCAAGUUUGGCUCAAAAAAAAAAAGAAAGAUGUAAGAUAAGAAGGAUUAGCCAAUUCAAAAUGCAAGAAAGCUUCUGCAUACUGUCACACCUAAAAAAAACAAAUCAAUAUUUAAUCGAUAGAUAACAUUUUCAGAAGUUUGUGCAGAAUUCCUCAAUCUUUCUAACACCUUUUAUUUCUGCACUGCAUGUGCAGCAACAAAGAAGUGUUAGUGGGAAUCAGUAGAGAGACACUGUGUUGCAGCUGAAGAGGUUUCUGUAAAUAGCUGGAUAGGAAAAAAAAAAAAAAGAAGUCAUCAUGUUUUGUUGUAUUCACCAGAUGGUUUUGUGGCUGCAUGUAUACAACCGACUCCAAAGCGCGGAUAGUGGUAAUCUAAAAGUAUAUCCCAUAUACUUUUAAGGCUCAGCAGUGUAUUAGGAUUUACAUACACGCUAUUUCACACAACCAUGUCCUACAUUCCAAGCCAUGCAAGAAUUUUGUCUCAGGGGAAACUGACCUUCGGUCUGUAAAUAUCGCUUCCCAGCCUUUAGUUUGUUGUCUUUUUGUGUACAUAAAGCGGUCAAGGCAAUCCAACACUUGCAAUGUAAAAAAUAUAUGGCGCACAGUCCAGGCUUUUGUGUUAUACAAUGGAGAAAAGGAGAGAGAAUAAUGUGUUUACUCCAGUGAAGUGACAUGGACUUUUAACCGUAAAUUAAUCUCCCCCCCUCCUCCUCCGCUGUUCUCUUCAGGCUUCCACUUGAAGCUUCACUUUGAUGUGAAGCAUGCACCUGCUGGAGUGUGUAUUUAAUUCUGCAGCUCAAAAACUUAAUGAGUUAUUGAACGUGCUUUACAUUAGCACUCCAUAGCGGUCUCAUUUAUAAUUGGCUUUGUUGUUAAUGGACCUUUCCAACCACGUGUUUAUGUUUCAGGGUUUACAAAGACAAGAAUGGAUAAACUGAGGGCUAAGAUAAAUUUUCUCCAUUAUAUUUGGCCCCACUGUUUUCAAGACAUUACUGAAUGUAAAUGUUGGGCUGCCUGUGUUUUCAGAUACGUGAUUUUCCUGGGGUGACCACCAACAAAUUCAAGUGAUAGUUUAGGGUUAAAGAUGUAGAUGUAAGUGAACAGGCUCUUAGACAGGAUAUUGAAAAUAAAAAUCCACAAAUCAUUUUGAAGAGAGGUGGCAAAAAUGUGUAAAAUAUUCUUUUAAUAUUAAUAUUUUCUUGUUAUCCUUAAUUAAUUUAGCUGUUUUAUUUUAAAAUAAUAUUUCAUUUCAUUUAAAACAAUUAUGUCACAGAGUAUCACUUGAUGAUUGUUUAAAACCUCUAUCGGGAACUAAAUCAAACAUAAAUUUAAUUAAUCAAUGAAUUAAAAGAUUUAAGGACAUAACCUGUCCGUCCUCAAUAGUAGCCAGCAGAAAGGUUCCUCUGCUCUUUGUCACACAUCCUGUGUUUUGGCAGUUUAUAUUUCUUUGAUGUGAACUCCAACAGAAAGCAGAGCAGUCCUUUGAACUUAACCUGGGAUAUCCUUUGGUUAUAAGAUUUUAAUUAUGAACCUAAUGGCCUUCAACCACAAAAAUGUUGGCAAGCAGUUUGACAUUCUCAAGAAUUAAAACUCUGUUGAAUUUGCUUGAGAAAAAUAAGAUUUAAAACUGGGUUUUACUUAAAACUUGUUUAUGAAUAUCUAUUUAUACUCUUACACUGAUUAAAGCUUGAAUUUCUUUUGUGUUCAAUUAACAGUUUGGUCAUGAAUUAACUUCCAUACAUAACCAGCACAGGCUUAUAGUUAGUUAAUUAAACACACAACACUUCCAAGGGUAAUGUUAGGAGCAACAGAUAUAUGACGGACACCAAGUGUGAUUGAUCAACAACAUUUUGAUCUGAUAGAGAUUAAGCUAUUAAAAUAAAUGUUAUUUUAAAGCAGGUAAGAAUAAUUAAACAGUCGUUAUUUUUUCUUAACCUAUACUAAAUUAGCUCAUUCAAAUCUGAUGUAAGCCAUGGCACUUAACUUUUCAUUCAUAGGGAGUUGGCAUCAGGAGGCAUCUGCCAUCUAAAUCCAGUGGAGCUCUGUAUUUGCUGUGCUGGUUGACCCACCGUGGUAAAGGAGUCACAGGGGUCUAUGUUCUUUAUUAUCAGAGAAUACAAGUCUGUUAAGCCUGUUCAACACGUCCACGUGCUCUUGUUAUGACAAGAACUGGUGGGUCUGAGCAGGCCAUAGCCCACACUGAGCCGGCGAGCGUAUACUUAGCAAAACAUCCUUUCAGUAUUUACACAAGGGAAAAAAAAUGGAAUUGUGGGUAUUAUUUAAGAUAAUAAAAGGUGUGGUGCUGCCACUCGGUCCUGUCUGGGCCCUGGAUGUUGAAACACGCAAGAACAAAAAGGGAAAAAUAGUUGUUUUGACCCUCGAAAAAGUUCUGCCUCGUCAAUAUUUUGAGUUCACCACAUUUCGUCGCCUUACACCACCAAAGUAGCAGGACAGACCACCCACCCAAAUCUAAGGCUCUGUUAUUUUUGAGCCUCUUUUAAUUCAAGAUCAUUGGUUUGAGUUCAGGCGUCUGGGCAUCUCGGAGCUCUAGCAUAUGGAAUUGUAUAUUAGGUUCAACCGUUAUUUAACUAUAAAUCAGAUAUUUGUGAAACUAUUUCAUCUGUUAUAAGGAAGGUUGGUCAAGCUGAUAUUCUCAAGAUCAAUAGAGUUAUAGCUAUAACUACAGCAAUGCCAUUACAUUUUCUUAAAUUGGACUGCAUACCAAAGGGUUAGUUCCAUAGUGGGAUUAUUUUCCUUAUUUUGUUCUUAAUUGACACAUGUUGGUGAUCUCCCUCACUGUAAAUAAAAUACUAUCCUUAUAAAUGUUAUAUAUUUGAUUUUAUUUAUUUAUUGAUUUUUUGGUGACAGAAUUAUGAUGACGCCACCCGGAUAGUAUUAUUUUUUUCUUUUUUUUUUUUUUUUUUUAGUUCUGAUAUCCAAACCACUCAUCUAAAUAUAUGGUUUCCAUGAAAUAUCAAUAUUAAUCUCAAAACGCUGUUAAAUCUGCAAUAAGCAUUUAACAUUGAGAGCACAGACGGCAACUUUUCAACAAACUCGCAGCAACAAGUCUUACAUACUGGUUAAUGUACUAGCAAGUAAUUGCCUCGUUCCACAUCCAGCAGAAUCACAGCACCAUGGUCAUCCCAUUGGAGUCCUGUAUUUUUGUACAAUUUGCCUCUGGUGUGGUCCACCAGUUCUUAGGAAAAAUGGUGUGUUUCUCUUUGGACUGCUAGACGCUGAAUUCUCUUCAAUGCCCUUGUUUACUUCGGCUCCCUGUCAUGCUGGGCACGUACAACUGCAGAUGUAGAUGCUGAUUCUCAGUGAGAUCAGCAGUACUAGCAUCCAUUUCACAUUGUAGUCAUUAGAUUCAAUGUUAAAAUUGAACACAUUGCUUAAUGGAGCUUUACAUUGUUUUGAUAACACACAGAUGGUCUUCAAUAGGUCUACACAAAAAUCAUUUGAUGUAUUAAUCCGAUGAUUUUAUGAAAUGCGGUAUGUUUGCAUUUAUUACACAGACUGACACUUGGGUUGUGUGGAUACUUGAAUAGCAGGUCCAUCCUGCUAUUGCUGUAAAGAGGUUUUCGAACAACUGUAAAAUGUUAUUUUUUUGUCUGAAAUAAAUAUUUAUUAUGUGUUUCAAAUACAAACAGAAUCCUUCUCUUUUGUCAGCUUAGAAAAAUUACAAUCCUAUACAAAUGUUUUAGGUAGCCUAUCACACUUUGAAGUGAAAUGAAAGUGUUUUGUUUUUGCCUACUUACCAUAAGUGCCAAAUGGGUGAGGUUAACCACAUAAAACAAAAUCAUGAGUUCCAGAAAAUUCAGAUAUUCACAGAAAAGUAGUCAGACAGCAAAAUUAUAAUUUUCUAUGUCUACAGAAUAAAUGAUAUGAUUUACAAAACCUCAUGACACACCCAGCCAUAGUGCUGCUGCAGGGAUGACGUAUUUUUGAAGCCCAACCUGGAGGUUAGCAUUUCCCUGCUUCCCUUGACAAAACACUAAUGAGAUUUUAAUCUAAUCUAAUCUAAAGAGACUGCAGAAAAUCAGUUCUGUGACAAAAAAAAAGUGUAUGAUACUUCCAUGUUUUGUUCAGUAAGAUAAAGACAAAUGAAUACCACAUUUAUGAUUUUUGGAGCAUAAAUACAAUCGGCAGAAGUAAAAAUCAAAUUUUAGGCUAUAACUAACGACACCACGGUCACAUGACUUCAACGACUGGGGGAUUUACUGAUUUACUGUAUUUCAUGUCAUAGAAUAAAACAUGAAAAUGUCUUGACCUUAUUUCAGUCAUCUAACCAAAAACCCAUUAAAUAAUUCAUAGGCUUCGGGUGCUAACUAAUUUCAGGUUUUUAGGAUUCAUUCCUGCAGCACUCUAUAGAGAGAUACAGAACAUUUCACAUUUGACAUUGGAGGAGAAAAAAACUACUACAACAAUAAAUGGCUUGACAGUUUCCGUAAAAGUCAUAGUGCACCUUUGAUAUUCAACAAUUCAUGUCUUCAUUUGAAAAAGAAAAGAUCUGAACAUAUUGAAUGAUGGAAAAUAUUGCCCGUAAAUUGAUACUUUGAUAAUAUUAGUGGAGUGUUAUAUGUUGGACUCUUUCUGUAUAUGUGUGGAUGCAUAUAUUUAAAGGAAAAUUGCAGUGGUUUUUUAACAUAUUUUCAUAAUUGACUGUGGGUCACGCCAAGUUCACACUCACCACCUCCGAAGAGAUUACUUAAAACAGCCGGCCACGCAGUUCAAGGGUCAAACAGCUUUACAAAUUAACUUUUAAAUAACUUUAAAGUUUUAAAUGAAUUAUUUCAAAUGCUUGUUUAUGAGUCUGAAAGCAUAUACAGAAAUUAGCCCCCUGGAUUAGCUAUUGUUGCUAAAUUCAUGGGGAUCUACUUUCUGGGGUAACUUGCUAGCCAAACUAGUCAUUGUGUGUAUUUGUAAUGCCAUACUACUGCUCCAACAAUAACCACACACUAAAUUGAAUAAGACACAGCCUUUCACAUGCAAACAAACCAGCUAGCACAGACAAAAAGCAAUCUGAAGCAAGUGGCUAAUUUGCUUAGCCAGCAGGGUGGCUAAUCCUGGGGGCUACUUUCGAUGUUUACUUUUGUUCAGAUUCAAAGACGUGAAAAUGUUUUAUGUAAAAAUUAAGGUUUAUCUGAAAAGAUUUAUAAUUAUCACGAUGAUUUAGUCAAUAAAUGUUUGGAUUUUCUUUGUAGGCCUUCUGGAGGUAGCAAGUGCAAAAUUAGCAUGAUCCCCCAGAAUCAUGUUUUGGUCAGCUCAGCA